GUGAGUGAGACACAGAGAGAGAGAGAGAGGGGGAGGGGGAAAAAAGACAGGAGGACCAGACUACAUGCGUCCAGACCCCUUCACGCCACUAACGUGGAAUCUUUUCUGGAUAUUUUCCCCCCCGCGUUAUUCCAUCCUUCACCGUUGCCGUUUUUUUUUCUUUUCUUGAAUGAAUCGGAGAAGAACGUGACUGGCAUCACCAAAAUCUCUGACAUGCCCAUUCUCACGCACAGUCACGCGAAUGGAUCCGCACGGGCAUGAGGGGAGAUGCGUUCGCUUUAUUUUAACGUCCACUCCAAACUGAGAGAAAUAAGGAAGUUGAUAGACAUCUGGGAUCGUGACAGCAUGGAUGGAUCUUGUGCGCUAUUUGGCGCAUUCGGCGCGCACCGCGCUCCCAGGACACGGUGGUGGUGGAGCUGUAAGGUGUUCUUUUUGCUCACACUUUGCUUUCACAACUACCUGAGCUCCCUGCUGGACUGUCCGCCCACCUGCACCUGCUCCACCACGGAGAUCUACUGCAAUAAGUCCGACGGAAGCAAAUUCUUCCCGCUGCUCUCCUUCCAGGGCACCGGGGGCGCAGGGAACAGCACGGGGGGCAUCGAGGACCUUUUUCAGAACAUCACCUCCAUACAUAUUGAAAACUGGACGGGUCUUCAGGUCUUGAGGGACGUGGACAUAGAGCUCUACACCGGCUUAGAGAGGCUCACUAUCACCAGGAGCAGUCUGCACACCAUUCAAACUCGUGUGUUCUCCAAGAAUCCCCAUCUGCGCCACAUAAACCUGUCCAGGAACCCCAUGUUGACCACACUGUCCUGGCAGAUCUUUGACCAUCUGCCGCUCUUUGAACUUCAUUUAGAGGAGGUGGUGUUCGCCUGCGGCUGUGAGAUUCGCUGGCUGCAGCUAUGGCAACAGAGAGGGGAGGCGGGUCUUAGCAGCCAACAGUUGUACUGUACCGACGGCUACAGGAAGAUACUUCUGCAAGAUAUGAAUAUAAGCAGCUGUGACCUGCCUGAUAUCAGUGUCAGCCACAGCAACCUCACAGUUAUCGAGGGGGAUCGUGUAACGGCCAUUUGCAAUGGCUCUGGAUCCCCAUUACCAGAGGUGGACUGGCCCGUCAACGGCCUGCACUCCAUCAACGCACAAGAGGUUAGGUGUGAACACGCACUUAUUCACCAGGAUGGGUUGAACAGCUGUAAAGGACAUCUUCCUGUUUCCUAUGUUUCUGCAGUUCCUCCAUCUAUCAUAAGGCUGAAGGAGCCAGAGCGCCGCCAUGACACCUGCAUAGAAUUCACCGUCCGGGGGUCGCCCCACCCGACCUUACGGUGGUUCCGCAAAGACCAGGAAAUUCCCCACUCCGAGUACAUUCGGACUGAUAUGGACAUUUUUCAAGACUACAUCGAAGGCUGUCUUACCUUUAAAAACCCCACCCACCACGACAACGGCAACUACACCCUGGAAGCCACCAACUACCUGGGCGUAGCCACCAGCACCGUGUACGGUCAUUUCCUGGACAGACCCUUCGAUGGUUCGACGGAUUAUGAUUACGUAACUCCUCCAACUCCAGAGCCUGAAAAAACUGAAGAGGACACAACUGGGAUCUCCAUAGCAGUCGGCCUGGCAGGAUUCGCCUGUGUGAUGCUGGUGGUUCUCUUUCUCCUCAUCAACAAGUACGGACGGCGCUCUAAGUUUGGCAUGAAAGGUAAGAAGCCAGGAGUUCAGUCAACACAAAAAUACUUUUUUUUAAAUUUUUCUUCAACUUCAGCAGUUUACUUUUUGGGGGUUUAGUGGCUUUUUUCGAGCAGCGGAGGAUUACAGCAGCAUGAUGUAGGCUCACAAUCUGUCCCUCUCAGCUGGCACCUCGAGCUGUGUUUGCAGACUGUAAAUCUCAGAGAUGGUAAAAAGUAAACUGCCCACACAGCCCGUGUUUACUGACGUGACCCCGCCACGAUGACGACAGCGCGUCAUCAUCGUGUCAUAGGUCAUGUGGUCUCCAGGCGUGGAGAUGGUUUGGCCGUGAGCGGAGGAGAGGUGGUGAUUACGAUUGUAAUAUAAGGAUGUCCGAUAUUAACUUUAGUGCCGAUAUUGUCCAAACACUUAAUUUCCGAUAUCCCGA